AUGUCGGUCGUAUCUCAGCCAUAUCCACAAGCAGGAGCAGGCAGUGCAAUUAUCCAGGUCCUAGCCGCCGGUGUCCUCACAUACGCAGGACGGGUUUACAGUGGCCAGAAACCAUACCCAUAUCCAACACCCUUUGUUCCAGGGUUAUCAGCAAUCGGCCGCAUCUCAGAGGUUGGUCCAGACGCAACAUCUCUUACACCCGGACAACUUGUCUACUUUGAUUGUUUCAUUCAAGGUCGCGACGACCCCAACUCUCUAAUUCUUCACGGGCUAUCCGCCGGGUUCAGUCCCGCGAGUAACAAGCUCAUGGAGGGAGAAUGGCGGGACAGCACCUACGCCGAGUAUGCUAAAGUUCCUUUGGAAAACUGCUUUACCAUGAAUGAGGCUGUUCUUAUGGGUGGUCCGGGAGACGGAUUGGGCUACACCGCCGUUGACUUGAUGUAUCUUGCUCAAAUUUCGGUGCCACUUGGUGGCUUACGAGACGUCGGUGUCACUGCUGGGGAGAAGGUCAUUAUUGCUCCUGCAGCAGGCACUUUUGGCAGUGCUGCAGUUAUUGCGGCAUUGGCUAUGGGAGCGCAAGUUAUUGCCGUUGGGCGGAAUGUUGAUACUCUGAAUAUGUUGAAACGAGUGCCUCACUACGGCGAGAGAAUCCGAACUGUGUGUGUUACCGGAGAUAUUGACACAGAUAUUCGGGAUAUUACAAAGCAUGGUCUGGCGGAUGUAUUCUUCGACAUAUCACCGGGACAAGCCAUUUCCAGCACCCAUUUCAAAAGCGGCCUCAUGUCGCUUCGUCGGGGCGGCCGUGUAAGUCUGAUGGGUGCUCACGCGGAAUUGAGUCUUCCAACGCAGUUCAUCAUGUUGAAUGACAUUACUGUCAAGGGAAAGUGGAUGUAUACGAAAGACGAUAUUCGAAAGAUGAUUUCGUUGGCGGAGUCGGGGUACAUCAAGUUGGGUGACGUUGGUGGUAUCGAAACGGUUGGGGCAUUUCGGUUGGAGGAGUUUGAGGAAGCGUUUGAUACGGCUGCCAACAUGAGAGGCCCGUAUUUGCAGACUGUUAUUACGCCUUGA